AAAUGGAAUGCGAGAGCCAGAUUUCAGAAUCUCCUCUGGAAUGGCCUGAAGAGUUGAAUUGCGAUACCUUACCCUCAUACAAUCCCGAGAGGAAAACACCGAAAUGUAUUCAUUAUGAACCACCAAAACCAGCAUUUUGUAGACUACACAAAGAGAUAGGACCAUGUAGCACGUAUCAUCCUUUCUGGUACUUCGACCGAGCGGCAAAAACCUGCCAGACUUUCACUUAUGGCGGGUGCCUUGGCAACAAGAAUCGAUUCGAAACCAAGGAGGCUUGUAUCCGUACCUGUGGGCAAGAAAGCACCAUAGCACCUGGUAUGUUAAGCACCACCCUAGAUAUCACCUCCAAUGAGGCGACGACGCCCCCGCCCCUCCCCCGAGUUCUGGAGCGUCCCAUGGACCAGACUGUCUUCGAAGGAGAGACCGUUACCCUAAACUGCUUUGCAUCGGGUGCGCUAGAGUAUGCGUGGAGGAGGAUAGCAGGGCCAAUGCCGGAACAUAAAAUCCUUGCUGAAGAAUACAGCAGAGAGGGCGCUAUACUGAUAAUAGCAGACAUGAUGCCAGAGGAUGCGGGUUUAUACAUGUGUAUCGCUGAGAACCAAGCAGGAGUAGAGGAAAGCGUUGCCUCUAUUACAGUUCUAGUCCCUCCAAGGAUCGUGAAGUUUCCGGAAAGCGCCCUCAUCAUUCAAGGAGAGACAUUGGAGCUAAAAUGUGAAUUUUCUGGGGUUCCCCCUCCCAAGGUAUACUGGGAGAGGGAGGAUGGUCAAUUCGUUUCACAAAGGGUAAACGGUACUGAGUCCACCGUCAUCAUCAGUGAGAUCAAUGACAUCCAGAGCGGUAUGAGAUUCACCUGCGUCGGGCGGAACGAAGCCGGGCUCGACAAGCGGUUCAUUGACGUCGAAGUAAGAGUUCCACCGUAUUUCACUGCGUUCGCACGCAACCGAACGCUGAACGAAGGCGAAACGGCAGACUUCCUCUGUCAAGCAGAAGGAACGAGGCCAUUGACAAUAUCGUGGUACAAGGAUGGCAGUCCGCUUGUUCCAGACGGUUCUCGAACCAUGUUCUUCGAGAACGGGACGGGUUUUCAUAUCACAUCGACCACGCCCAGCGACACUGGACGAUACACCUGCUCGGCGUCCAACUCUGUGGGCCAGAUCGUGGAUGAUGUGUACUUCCAAGUUAUUGCCGCAGCGGCGUUGCCACGAAUCAACGAGCGCCCGUCCAAUGCAACCGUCUACAUCGGACAAUCGACCCGGUUCCAAUGCCAAGGUUCCGGUGAUCCGGCUCCGACGGUUAGCUGGCUUGUAGACGGUUUCACGAUCGGUGUCCCGCCCCUUGAUCGUGACAUGCGUUAUACGUUCAACGGAACCGACCUGGUGAUCACGCACGUGAAUGUCCGUGACGCUGGGAAGUACACGUGUCUUGUCUCCUCACCGCACGGCAUUGAACGAGCUAGUGCGCACCUGUUCAUUAGAGAACCAACACUCGAAAUGGAAACCGCUAUCAGCGACACCAACGUCAUCAUUGGCGACGAUCUCGUCCUGACCUGCGAGGCUCACGGCGAACCUGAGCCUAGUUUGACCUGGUACCGUAACGGCCUUCCCAUCAACGACACCCUUCAGAGUUUCUCCAUCCAGGAAAACUCCAUCAUCAUCCCCAUCCUCACCACCAAAAUGGGCGGUUCCUACAAGUGUAUCUAUGACAACGGCGUUCUGACGGCGUCGUCGUCGGCGAUGGUGGAAAUUCUAGAGCCUACUGCUCACACUCCUGCCACAUCAAUGCCGCCCCCUCUGUCCAACUCAACAACAGCCACCCCACCGCCAUCACGCACAAAUGAUAUUUCGGACCCUGAUUUGUCAGAACUUGGAACUGCCCCAUCACCUCUAAUGGAGCUUAAACUACGUCGUUAUGACGUCACAGAUACGGGAAUACCCGACCUGUUCCGUGGAUGGGCCGAUGUCCAGGGGCAGGGCGCCGCCAACGAUUAUUGCAGAGUGAUCGAGCCUGAGGAGGGUCAAUACCAGCUCUCCUGUGUCCUGGCCGGAAGUGAAGGAGAGGUCAAAGGUAACUACACGACCCGCUUAGGUUUCGAUGUUGGAGAAAGAAAUACAUGGUAUAUGAAGGAUGAAGAUGGUGAUGGACGAGACGAUUAUUGCAGAUGCAUGAGAGAAGCGGGUCAAGGAAGGUGGGUCUAUUGCACCAAAGCGGGGACGAAUGGUUUCUAUGGCAACCCUGACGCCGAGGAGUUUGAAACCAACGAGGUAACAUUCCGAGCCCCUGGACCGGAAGAUGAGUUGAGAAAAUGCAGAAAGAGAAGAGUGGAUCCAUUCUUUGGCCUACCGGAGACGGUGGAAUAAAGGGAAUUGCCCCUCUGGAAUCCAGAGUAAUAGACUCUUAUGCUAUAGGGUGUGUCCACUUAUUACCCGUCUUCUACCAGGAUGUGAGCGCCUAUUACCCAUCUUCUACCAGAAUGUGUCAAGCUUUUACCCCUCUUCUAACGGAAUGUAUCCACCUAUUUUCCGUCCUGUACCAGGAUGUGAGUGCAUGUACCCUUCUUCUACCAGGGUGUGUCCCCUUAUUACCCCUCUUUUUCCAGGAGGUCAGCACCUGUUACCUCCUUCUAUCAGGGUUUGAUCACCUAUUACCCCUCUUUUUACCAGGAUGAGCAUCUGUUACCCUCCAUUCUACCACGAUUUUAGUGCCUGUCACUCCUCUUAUACCAGGUAAACGUCCAUCUAUUACCCACCCUCUCCCACGUUAUGGUCACGUGUUACCCCUCUUUCUCCUGUUCUGGUAGAGUAGGAAUGUUUUGCUGAUACUCCUGUUAGUCAAAGUAUCUGUCUGUAAACGGACAAAGACUGAUCUUGUGCCUCUUUUGGAAAACCGAUACCCCGCAUGCAGUAAAUAAUAUGUGAUCUUUCUGAAUUUGGACAAGAGGCCUGCAAUUAUUCUUCAUCUCCUUUACACCUUUGUUAUGUUUAUUUCAUAAUGACACUGUUGGGUGACAGAAAUAUCAGACAAAAUAGCUAUUAUAGCAGAGGUGAGGCAUAUCAUUUGUCUUUUGAAAAUAACAUGUUUCUAGAUACGAAAUAUUUAGACUUUUCAGAGUCGCUGACGAUUCUAGCACAAUAAGCAUGAGCAAGAGUUGUGAACUGAAAAUACGACUCUUUUUUUGUCAUUUGGAGACAGGACUUGAAUAUUAAUAUAGUUACGGGAUUACAAGAAUGGGUAUGAUAUUAAACUACCAUCAUACUUUACACAGAGGCCCGAUUCUACGUCCUUUAUAUUAUGUGUUAUGAAUUCUGACGUGAAUGUUCGAUAUGACUGAAGAUGAUUACACAAGACUGACUAAAGACUGACUAACUUAGACGUAAAAUGCUUCCUAGGUAAUUGGUUACCAGCUUGGUGUUUACCAGCAAAACGCUGUCCUGCCGAGUUCCUAAGGGAGUUACCAGAAACAGAAAGUGUAAAUAUUUGUUAGAAUGAGAGGAAAAUGGAUGUCAGAUAUCUAGUAACUUUAGUUCAUAUUCUUUUGAGAAAUAAACAAAUAAAUGCGUUCUCAUUUUAAUGGUUGUUUAAUCUUGUAAAUCACAUUGAAUGAUUUGACGAUAACAAGAUUGUGAUCAAAGUCUUCCAAAUUUGUAAUUCUAUUUGAAUUAUACCAAUAAGUAAGAUUUCUAGCUCACAGCGUAUAUUAAAGGACAAUUCCAAUAAGCUUUUUAUGAAGGAGGAAUAUUGGCAUAAAACUGAACCCCAACCCCCCCCCCCCCCCUCUUUCCCCACUAUAGAGCACUUAUAUUUAUAACCAUUCUCGUUUUCUGGAGAGGGAAGAUAUUCUUUCGUAAUCGAAAAACUGUUUUGUUAGAAACUUUUAAACACAUCAUAUUUCCUGAUAAAAACAUGAAUAUGAUAGCGAACCUAAAUAAAAAAAAUGAUACGAUAGCGACUCCUGAUAUACCAUAUGGAAUGGAUGCAAAUCACUAAUUCUAUACUUGUUCUGCCAAUACCAAACGUUAACAAAUAAUGACGCAAUGCAAAUAUAUUUGUAUAUGAUAACUAAUUGAGAAGGUUUCUGUUAUUAUUUAAUUCUUACAUACCAUUGUACAUUUUAUGUUGUCUCAUUUUCACUAUCCGAAAAUUUAUAGAGAUUGUGCUUUGAAUUUGUUUUUUAGAACACGUAAGCAGCCUUCAUUUGAGCAUACAAUAAGAAUGUUACCUGUAAAUAUAUUUGUCGUAGAAACUUUCUUAUCCGUUAUCGUUGUUGUACAGUAUUGUUUUUAUUAAAAUAUCUUCGAUAUACCUCAAA